GUUGACAACACAACACUUUUUUAUGAGAGAGAUAAUAAUGGUAUAAAUAAACAAGCAUUUGAGAUAUCAAAAAAUGAUAAUAUUUGUAAAAAGAUUAACGAAAUUAUUCGAAAAAAUACGAAACAGAAAGGUUUUGUGGUGGUAGGUUGUGAUUCAACAACUGAUAUUCUUCCUGAUGCUAAAAUUAAAUUUUAUUUAACAGCUAAUUUUGAAACACGUAAUGAUCAUCGACAAAAACAAUUUAAUAUGAUAUGUG